CCCAUCCCUUAUCCGCCCCAUUGACCUCUUGACGCUCCCGCACCAUGUCGGAUUCGGAAGAUCCCCUCGACGCCAUCGACGAGGGCGGCGACGACCUUUUCGGUGACGAGGGCGACGAGGGUGAUGCUUCGCCCCAGGCGCGCAUCCUGGACGACGAUGACCUCGCCUCAGACCCCGAGGCCUACGGCGAGGCCGAGCAGCGAGAGUACGAUGGCAGCCAGGCGCGACAUGAAACCAAAGAUAGAGUCGUCAUGGCCGUCCAGGCAUAUCGCCAUCGCAUUCCCAAGCCCUCCGACGAUGCGCUGCGCGUGAUGCGAGUCCCCAAGUUCGUCAAGUUUAUGCCCGAGCCGUACGACCAGGAGACGUUCCAGCCCUCCCAGUUCGACCUCGAAAACGCAAGAGCAGAGCACCCCAAGCACGUGGUCCGCGUUCGCAGAGAUCCAAGCACAAACGAGCUCAAGAGCAACACCAACAUCUACCGGUGGAGCGAUGGCUCCGUCACCAUUGCAGUGGGUGGCGAGCACUACGAGAUCCAAAAGAAGGCCUUGGCCCCGGCCCAGGGGCAGCCUUACGACGAGCUCAAGGAUGGUCAUUACUACGCCGCAGCUGCCGAGCUGAGCAGCAAUCUGCUGAUGACGGUGGGACACUUGACGGAGCAGUACACAAUCAGACCCAACAAGGCCGUCGGAGACGACGCCCUGUCCAUUCUGGCAGAGAGAAUGGCCAUGGCCAGCAAGUCAUCUACUGGCGGCGACAUGAUCAUCAAGACGGUUGUGGAUCCGGAGCUACAGAAGAAGCAGGCCGAGCUGGCGGAAAAGGAGCGGAUGAAGGCUCAGCGGAAGCGCGACAGUGCCGCGGCCAAGAUGGACGGCGGCGUGGGACGCACCGGUCGCUCUGGGCUGUCAAUCGGCAACCUGGAGGGCCCUCGUUCGGCCCGCAAGAGAGGCGCGCCUGGUGCUGCGCGGCCCAAGAGAAGGCGUCCAGAGUAUGAUUCUGACGACGACCUGCCUCAGGGCGUCGCGCGGCACGAAGAGUACGACCUGGAUGACGGCUUUCUGGUGGGCAGUGACGAGGAGGAGAUGGAGAGUGACGCGGAGGAGGAGGAGGAGGAAGACAUUCUGGACGAUGAGGAUGAAGCUCCACGGCCCAAGCGACAACGGACCAGGGAGCCGGAGGACGACGAGGAUGCCGAGGGCGAUGAGGUGGAGCCCCAGGAAACACAUGGCAGAUCGGGCAGACGGCGCAACGUGAUUGACGACGACGAUGAUUAAGU